AGGACCCAACAGAGAUAAAUAGUAGAGAAACAACAUUAUGCAUUAUCCAGAGAAUUUUCUGAUUGGACACUGAAAAGAUCAUGCUGGACAAUGCGGGAGGAUGAUAGAACGGCUGCGCCUUCUCAACUACACAGUUGCAGGAGGUGGAAGAGUGACACCUUUCAUAAUGAACUGUGCAGUGAUUCUUUUAUUGAUCUCAAGCAUCUUCACCUGGUCUUCAGCUUUAUAUACCCCCGAGAGAGCAGCAUCGAAGAAGCUGAAGUAUCUUCUUGAGCCACCUGUGUCUGCAGAUGUCACUGGCCGAAGCGGAGAUAAUGUCACCUUGCCAUGUAUCUUGAGAAUCAAACCCAGCCAUUACAAGGUUAAAUGGACAAAGAUUGAACCAGAGAACGUUGGACCAGAAAAUAUUAUUAUGAUAUCAAAUGCACAUGCCAAUAAGCCAUAUGGCCCUCUUGGACAGCGAGCUUCUCUACGGAAGGCUCACGCCAUGGACGCCUCCCUAAAGCUCAGCAAUCUUGAAUUGGAAGAUGGUGGCAUGUAUCGCUGUGAGCUGGUCAAUGGCAUCGAGGAUGAGAGUGUCACCAUUACUUUGAGGAUUGAAGGUGUGGUCUUCCCAUACCAGUGUAAAAAUGGCCGUUACAGAUUCAAUUUCCAAGAAGCCAAGGAUGCUUGUGCUGAGCAAGAUGGCAUAUUAGCCACAUAUAACCAGCUUUACAGAGCCUGGACUGAGGGGUUGGAUUGGUGCAAUGCAGGUUGGCUCCUUGAUGGAACUGUUCAUUAUCCGAUCAUUCAUCCACGACCAGUUUGUGGAGGAGAGUUGCCUUCAGGCAUUCGCAGUUAUGGGACAAAGGAUAAGAACAAUGAUCGGUUUGAUGCUUUCUGCUUCACUUCACAGACAUCUGGUUCCAUCUUCUACAUAUCGGGGUCUUUCUCCUUCGAACAGGCAGGGCAGUCUUGUAAACGUCAGGAAGCUGAGUUGGCAUCAGUUGGCCAGCUUUAUGCUGCCUGGCAUUUCCAUAACUUUGACCAGUGUGAUGGCGGUUGGCUAAAAGACGGCAGCGUUCGGUUUCCCAUCAGCAACCCCAGGUACCUCUGUGGAGGCAUCCCAGAGGCAGGCGUACGCUCAUUUGGAUUCCCAGACAAGAAUACACAUGUUUAUGGAGCCUAUUGCUAUAGGUAGUCCAAAAAACAAAUAAAUAAUAAGACAAUUUGAAAAAACAAACACACUUGUACAUCAGUGUCUCAACACAGCAUGAAAACCUGCAGUACAUGUAUAUACAGCUUUAUAUGCCAAAGGAUUAGCCCAAAUAAGAAAGGCUAGAGACAGUUAAUGACAGUAAAAAUUAUAAAGUUAUUUUUACAUUAUUGUCAUUUAAAAAUUCUAAUAAAAUAACUAUGGGUCCCUAUUACUGUAAUAAUCAGUAAAAAAAAAAAACUAAAUAAAACUAAAAGAACGAAAGUUGGUGAUUUUAGGUGACAAGCUGCUGAGACAAAUGGAAUAAUAAGGAUAUUGGAGGCAAACUGAAGAAAAUUAUGUUACACAUGCACAAUCAUCUUUCACUAAGCCUGUAAUGAUAACUGCUCUGCAAACCUACCAAGUGUGUCUGUUUAACAGGACUGACCUGGUUUAUAUGAACCCCUUCAAAGGAGUUUAAA